UUGUUCUGUCUUGACCACCUACCGGAUGAUGGCCCUCAGAAAGAUAUAAGGACUUGCAACUUUCGUGAACUUGUCAGUAUAAAGGAAGAAGACUUGAAGGAGAUUCAAAAACGGUACAGGAUCCUGGUAGCUAGAAUCCUGAUCAAGAAGUUUCCAGAGUUUUCACACCUUAAAUUCUACCUAUCUGAGGAACUUCUCCUUCAUCGUGACAAUUCUGCUACAGCGUCUUCUAAAUCAGAAAUUAUCACCAUGCCAGUAUUAAUGAAGGAUGAGAAGAAAUACAGUGAUUGUGUUCAUGUGUUGGAUCAGUUUGGAAGAAUGGACACAAGACAUAUACAAGGCAAGUG